UGCGACAUCUGGACCUUCUGGCUUGGUUGGAUUGGACGUCUACGUCUGGGUCGCAAACCGAAAGACCACCUGAACCUGGAUCGCCAGCUUGCCGUCGACCAUGGUGAAGACGACUCACAACCCAGAUCCAUCGCUGUCUACGGCCUCGAAUCCCUCCAAACGCCACACCUCGAUCUCCAGAAACACCCUCGCUCACAACCUGGCUCCUGAUGAUAAUAUCCGCGCCGAGUUGGAAUCGUACGAGAUGAAAUCCCCUGCUCCCGUUGAUACCUCUGGGUCUGGGCAUGAGGGUUCACCAACCCCGCCUCCUCGUGCGGGAACAGGAGCGAGAACAAGAGCAGAUCCAUACGAUCCGAUUACCCGAGGACCGGCACAGGGAACCUCUUUUAUCCCCUUCCCUACCCCUCCGGACGCCCAGACGGGAGAGCCUGUACUUGACAUCGGACCUACCACCACUACCCAUCCCUCUUAUAAGUCUUCUCCUACAAAGGAAAAGUAUAAUGAGCAGAGACACCGACCGAGUAAUAUCUCCAAGGCUAGGGAAGCGCUUGGAGAAGGUCUGGGAACACUGUGGGACUGGGUCAAACCGCCGGAGAUGCCUGUGGAUAAUAUCGAACUCGAGAUCGAGGAGGAGGACAAGGGGAAAGAAGAGGCCGAGGUCGGGGAGAAGGGAAGACAUAGGCAGAGAAGAGGAACGGGUGCGUCGAUGGCGCGGAAAGAACCCGGCGUGAAUGGAGGAGGUGGAGGGAAUUCGGGAUCGAAUGGCAGAGCGAAAGGCAAAUUGAUGCUCGAACGGACCAGGUCGAGGACGACCUCGGCGAUCGGGAAUGGGUUUCAUCGGAUCCGGACGAGGACGAAGAGUGGGCGAGAGUCGAUCCGGGCCGGGUAUCCUUAUACUCAUGGAUCCGGGUGUGGCAAUGGAAAUGGAGAGGCUGGAGUGCAGGAAAAGACGUCCGGGUCAGAAGGAGCCAGGGCAGGGCAAGGUGUGAAGUGUGUGGUCGUGGACAAUGAUGUUUGGAAAGAGGACGAGAAGGUUGAAGAGGAGGGCGAGGGCGAGGUUGGGUCGGGGGAGACGAGGACGUCGAUGCAGAGUGAACGGAGACAUCAUUCACCUCGUCACCACCACCACCACCAUCAUCAUCACCAUCAUCAUCAGCAUCACACACACUCGCCUGCACAUGCCGCUGGGGGCGCAGAUUCGGGGGAACACGCUUGGGCCACGGGUUCGCACAUGGAAUGCGGAAGACGACCCUCGCUCUCGUCAUCGACCAUGGCAGUACGUCGGUGGUACACUUGGGCGACUCACUGCCUCCAAGAUUUUUUCGCUACGCGCUUCGAUGAUCCGGAACGAGAGACACAUUACCUCCAGGAAGCGUGGGUUGGACUACGUCAGAGUGCCAUGCCGACGAGUUUGCUGUACAUCCUCGCCUGGGGAUUGACAUGGGGACUUUCGGGGCGACCGUUGCCAGUGUAUAAUCGCUGGGCGUUCAUCUUCACCAACGGGUUUCUCUCGGUCCCGCUGCCGUUCUUCGUCGCCAUCGACCUCAUGCGGAGGAUCUCUUGGCUGUACCAGUGUUGGGUCCUCCUCGCCAGCUGGGCGUUUGCCUAUGCCGUCCUCAUCGACAUGCACGUCUGCGGGUAUUACACCGGGCACGCGGAGCAAUGCAUCAACAGCCCCAACUUUAUCGCCCUCUUCUUCUGGUCGAUCGCCCUGCCCGUCUUUGGGUUGUUGGGGUUGGGACAGAAACGCUUGUUUCACCUGAUCGGACUGUUCAUAUGGUGUGCACUGACCAUCUCGCUCAUCAUCGCUCCUGGAGCGCCCAACUUGAUGAUCAGGAAUUUGAUCCUGAUGAUCACGUUACACGUGUUUUUGGUCGUCAUGAGCUACUUUUGGGAGAAAUCGAGCAGGAGGAUGUUCAUUCUCCGAGCUCAGAUCAAGGAUCAGUAUAUGAAGACCGAGAUGGCGAGACGGGCAGAAGCAUUGGCGAAUCAGAGCUCGAGGAGGUUCAUCGCCUAUGUAUUUCACGAGAUACGCGGGCCUCUCAAUCGGUGCGCUCUGAACUUUGGCCUGUUCGUGGACGAACAUGUCAAGGAGGUCAAUCCUGAACAGCAAGAAAUGGUCGCCAGCGUCAACAACGACUUCCAGCUCAUGUCAAGGGUAUUGAACGAUGUCCUGAGUCUCGAUAAGAUCCGUCUUGGAAUGCUAGAGCCCUCGAUCGAACCGUUCAGGCUGGACCAGGCCGUUACGCUCGCCGUCAACGGGUUCAGAUCACAGGCGAAUGCGCUCGGCUUGCAGCUUCAGCUUGAAGCCGAUCCGAAGAUAUCGGAGCUCGUGCUGUUAGGGGACGCCGGAAGGAUCCAGCAGCUCGUAGGCAACCUCAUUGGGAACAGUCUAAAGUUUACGAGACAAGGCGGGGUGACCAUCAUUACUCGGCUCCUGGGCAUCGCCGGUCGCAAUGCCUCCGUGUCAAUGACGACAACGCCGAUUGGGCCCGAUGGCAUCACACCUGUGGUAUUACCGUUGGAGGAAUUGAACCAACCCAAUUCGCUUCGGGACGUCUCAUCGAAAGGACCAUCUUCUAGCCCGACCGCUAGCUCGAUAUCGUCUUGCCACUCUCAUUCCCGUCGGAGCUCCGUCCGUCCCGCUCGAAACCGUGCCAUUGUCCGUUUCGAAAUUCGCGAUACUGGAGUAGGAUUCAGUUCGCAAGACGUGGACGAGAACAGGCUAUUCUCCGAGUACCGUCAGACCAAAAUCGGUCAAAAACAGGGAGCUAGUGGAAGCGGCUUGGGACUCGCACUAUGUCGGAAGUUCAUAGAGGUGUUUGGGGGAAGAUUAGGGGUCGACAGCGAGCCGGGUAAAGGGUCAACAUUCUGGUUCGAGAUUCCCUUCCCGAUUCAUAGCGCAGCAAUCCAGGAAGAGGUUUAUGUAUCGGAAGCAGCGGCUGAGGAAGUGGUGCCGCUUACGACCGGCUCGCUGGAAGAAGUCGAGGUCACAUCAGCAGCCAAGGUGGAAGACCCGAUCGAAGUUGUUCCGACACGGGAACUUGCCGCGCCUCCCGAAGUCCCACAGAGCUCAGAUCUAGCCGCGGAUUCGGCUUCGAGGGGAGACGCAUCACCACUUACCACGCUUGCUCCAAAGGUCAAACCCUCAGCUCCAUCUGCGGACGAUCCUCUCAGCCUAGACUGUCUUGUGGUUGACGAUUGCCCUAUGACCCGGACCUUGAUGUCCAAGAUCUUGCGUCGGAUGGGCCAUCGGGUCAGUCAGGCGGAUGAUGGCGUACCGGCCCUCCAGAUGAUCAGGGAGAGAGAGGAAGUGGCUGCAAGUAGCGGGGACGGGGGGAAAGGGGGUUUCGACGUGGUCUUCCUGGACAACAUGAUGCCGGUGAUGACGGGUGAAGAGGCUGUAAGAGAGUUGCGUAAGCGGGGCUGCAGAGUGUUCGUUGUCGGAGCUACAGGGAACGCUUUGAAAGAGGACCAAGACGCUUAUGUGGCCGCAGGCGUGGACGAGAUCCUCACGAAACCCGUCUUUGCCGACAAGAUCAAGCGGGUCGUCGGGAUCGCUCUAGAGAGGAAGAAGGCGAGAACAAUAUCUUUGAGGGCCGAUACAAAUCAACAGCAGGUGGAAGGCGGCCCGCCGAUGUAGCAGGAAAGCGAGGAGAAUGAUGGGAAGAUUUCGAGGGCGGAGUCGUACUAAAGGCACGAGGAGCGCUGAAAAUGCGCCUGCCACACUGUAUCCAUUUUAGCUUGUGAAC